AGACUCGGAAGAGCACCAUUAUCUACAAACUCUGCCACACUUCCGUGAGUCUCUUGAGUCCUUGCGCCUCAGCAAAACCUGGAAAAACAAGCAGCCGAGGAUACUAGUAUACAGCUGAUCCUACGCGAUGAACUCUGCAACCGCAAGCAAAUCGACCUCACGUCUCCUCGCAGCUGACAACCUGCAAAAUCUUCUGGAUUCCGUGGAUGCAUUCCUCUUCGACUGCGAUGGAGUCAUUUGGAAAGGCGAUGAGCUCAUCGAUGGCGUCGCGCAGACGCUGGACUUUCUUCGAUCAAAGGGAAAGAAGCUGGUGUUCGUUACGAACAAUUCCACAAAAUCAAGAAGGCAAUACGCCCAAAAGUUCCGUUCCGUCGGCAUUUCUGUCACUGAGGAUGAAAUGUUCUCCUCCUCAUUUGCGGCCGCUAUGUUCUUGAAGGUUAAUAAUUUUCCCAAGGAUAAGAAGGUUUAUGUAAUAGGUGAGGAAGGCAUAUUAGAGGAGCUGAAGCUUGCUGGAUUCACAGGUCUUGGUGGCCCUGAAGAUGGCAAAAAAACAGCCGAACUCAAACCAAAUCAUCUCUUUGAACACGAUAAGAGUGUUGGAGCUGUUGUGGUUGGAUUAGACCGUUACAUUAAUUAUUACAAGCUUCAAUAUGGAACCCUUUGCAUUCGUGAGAAUCCAGGAUGCCUAUUCAUAGCUACCAACCGUGAUGCAGUAGGGCACAUGACUAAUUUACAAGAAUGGCCUGGUGCUGGAUGCAUGGUUGCAGCUAUCUGUGGGACAACCGAGAAGGAGCCUAUUGUAGUUGGAAAACCAUCCACUUUUCUAAUGGACUUUUUAAUAGAAAAAUUUCAUAUCAGUUGCUCCAGGAUGUGUAUGGUUGGUGAUAGAUUAGACACUGAUAUUUUGUUUGGACAGAAUGCUGGGUGUAAAACUCUCCUUGUUCUUUCAGGUGUGACAAAUCUAACAACUCUUCAAGACGAUUCAAAUAAGAUAAUACCAGAUUACUACACAAGCAAGGUCUCAGAUAUUUUUGAGUUCAUGGGGCCAUAGAUAGAUCAGUGAUCAGCAUUCUUUGUUUAUGCUGGUUAAAAAAUUUGAGAAUGUUCUUAGCAAAGGAAGAUCUCGAAUUUGAGGAGUAGGUGCAAUUUAAACUGGACAAUAAACACGGGAAAGGUAUGUAUUUCUUCUACCUUUUCCCCAAAAAAAAAAAAAAAAAAAAAAAAAAGGUAGAAGAAGAAGAAGAAGAAGAAAGAUUUGACUAAAUUUGGUGGAAAUAAGUAGUUGUUGAGUUUCUAUGAACUGUUUUUUCUCCAUCUUGGUACGAGAGAACUGAUGCGGAUUAGUGUUUGUUUGGUUCUCAUAUAUCCACAAGACAACAAUCGCCUAUUUUUAAAGUAGUUUACGCUGCUAUGGUAGGAAUUUUAGAAGCUUUCUAUUUUCGACUUAAAAGAUACUGAUGGCUGGUGAAAAUAAUACCCAAUUUUCACUAUAUAUAUAUAUAUAGGUAUGUAUUUUUUUGGUUCUUUUCCAAGAUUAAUGUAAUAAAUGGUUAUGCACUGCCAAUGACUUUUAUAAA